AUGUUUAAAGUUGAAGAACGAAUCGAACCAGGAAAUGGAAUGAUUCGAAUAACUUCCAAAUCUUAUACCGAAGACUCAAACUCAAUCAACACCAAGCAAAUCAAAACCGAUUUAUCUAUCCUUAAAUUUAGUUAUCCAUUAAAAUUAAUUCCAAUUAAAUCAUAUAUAACCCGAACAGAAUCAAAGAAUGAAGAUUCAGAAGAAAUGAAGAGUUUAGCGGUAGAAGAAGAAAGAGAGAUUCAAAGGAUAUAUAUCUUGAGUUAUGGUGGAGGAAUGGUCAAUGGAGAUUUAAUUAAAUUAAGAAUCGAAUUAGAAGAAGAAACUGGAUUAGUUUUACUUACUCAAGGUUCUACAAAAGUUUUCAAACAAUUCGAACCGAAACAGAACUCGAUGACUCCAUUCAAACUUAAAUCAAUCAAAUCAAAACAAAUCAUCACAGUGAACUUGAAAGCCAAUUCGAUUUUAAUCAGUUUACCAUCACCUAUUACUACUUACAAAUCUUCUAACUUUUCACAAUCACAAUCCUUCAGAUUAGCUAAUCAAACGUGUUCUUUAUUAAUCUUAGAUUGGUUAACAACUGGUAGAAAACAUUUCAAAAAACCAACCAAACACCCAUCAGAAUCAGAAAGUAAAGAAGAAGGUAAAGAAGGUAAAGGAGAAGAAUGGGAAUUCGAACAAUACAAAUCGAUCAACUCAUUUUAUCUCCAAGACACAUUAAUCCUAAAAGAUUCACUAACCUUACGACCAUCCCAAGAGAACGGAACCUCAAGCCACCAAAGAUUUUCAAUUCUACUCACAAUUUAUUUGAUAACUUCUUCAUUAAGCUCUCAUGAAACUUUACAUUCCCUACACCAUCAUUUCGAAAGCUUACAACAAUCAACUAAACCAACUCAUAUUGUCAAUCAUCAUUCUAAUACUCAUCAACCUGAUCAAUUGGUUUGGUCAUAUACUCAAAUCCCAUUAGAUUCAGUAGAUCAAACCUUGAAUGAUGGAAUCAAGAUCGGAUUAAUUAAGUGUAUUGGAAACGAUUACAUUGAAAUCAAUCAAUGGGUUUCCCAAAACUUGACUUCCAUUCAACCUUUAAUCGGUUUAGAUCUUUAUCAAAAUGCAUUUCGAUAA